AUGUAUUCAACAGGAUGGGCAUUGUUUCUCUAUAAUGUCACGCUCAUAAUAAACGCGCCAUUUGGACGGUUUACCCCCAAGGACCAGUCUAGCAUCUUCCUUGUCGACGGAGUCAAGUCGUGGAUUUUGAUGGAGCUUGUGUCACCAUUCACAUUCAUCUACACCUUUCUUACCUCCCCACUUUCGGUUCAGGCUCCCCCUUUGCCAUCUUUGACGGAGCCCCAUGCGAUCUUGGCCUUGUGUUUCUUGAUUCACUAUACCAACCGGGCGUUGGUGAACCCAUUACGCACGUCGUCGCGUUCCAAGGCGCAUUUGAUCGUGACACUCUCCGGCGUCACCUUCAACAUUCUCAAUGGGUGUUUGAUGGGAUCCUACCUAUCAUCUCCUUUCGCGCGUAUCUAUCUUGCUGCUGGUCCACGCUCGUCUUUUUACGUCGGACUCACGUUGUGGGUGCUGGGAUUAGCCGGUAACAUCUGGCAUGACGAAAUCCUGCUCGACAUACGCCGCAAAGCCAAGUCCAAGGGGAAAAGCAAAGUGGUGCACGGAAUGGAAGUGGAUGGCAGCCGUGCCCGAACGGAGCACUACGCGAUCCCACACGGCGGGCUGUACAGCUUGAUCUCAUACCCCAAUUAUUUCUGCGAGUGGAUAGAGUGGUUUGGGUUUGCGCUCGCUGCGGCGCCUUUCCCGUUCCAGCUUUCGCAUCUUAAAGGGUUCACGUUCGCACUCGUCACAUCCAAGAUCUUUGAUCCACAGACGUACACGUCAAUAUUGAAGAUGCCGGCGCAGAAUUUUGCGCCUGACUUGUCACCUCCUUGGAUAUUUUUGUUGACCGAGAUCGUCCUCAUGCUGCCUCGUGCAUAUCGAGGACACCAGUGGUAUCACGAGAAAUUCAGAGACUCGUAUCCACAAAGUCGGAAAGCUGUCAUUCCGUUCAUACUCUAG